GUUUGUUAUCGCAUCAACUUGGAACAUAUCCGUUCACUCUCAACAGGCCAUUUUCAUAGACAUUCUCAUAAGACCAGGCUGGUAGCCCAAGCAAUAUACUGUACCUGCGAGGGUUGGACGGUCGGACGAUUCGAAUCGAUUCUUUGAGCCCUGUGGGGUUCCACACGUGAUUCCGAACAGAUCCUCCGGCUAAGUUGCUGACAGAGAUACAGUACGCCUGUCAUGAACCAGUCUCACGCCCCGUGCGAUCCAUUUGAGUGAGAUUUGAGCCUAGUCCUCGUGGUCGCUCACCCUCCAACUCCCCCAUAUUUAAAGCAGCCAUUGCACACUAAGCUCGGUCUUCUCCCACCGAUCGACACCUGCUCUUUGACAAUGUUUGGAACCCUACGCUACCUUCCCAACAACCAGACCGGGGAGUUUCUCGAGCGCGCAUCUGGGGAGGCUGGGACUGCGCUAACCAAUAAACCUCGACACGCGGCUUGCGAUAAUUGCCGGGUGAAAAAGAUCCGCUGCAGUGGCCAAAAAGCAGGAUGUUCGCGGUGCAAAACCCAUUCCCUUCCCUGCAGGUACACUCACGCUCCUGCUUGGAAAUGUAAGAAGAAGCCAGCGUUCAACUCGCGACGAAUAAUUCAGACAAAUGAGGACGAGAACGCUUUGGAAUUCAGUACGGCGCCCGGUCAAUCUCUCCCCCCAGUCGCUACUAUCACGGCUGUUAUGCAGCCUGGCUCAUUAACUACGGAACCACUACUGCGUAUGCCGGGGGAGAAUCAUCUAGAACCGGACAGGCGAAUGCAGCAGGACUCCGGGAACUCCAACGCAGUGGUGGAUACAACGUUGGAGGAAAUCUCAACGUGGUCUAGUUGCCUCGAUUGGUCGCCGGCAAGGGAGGGCACUUGCAUGUCGGAAUCCAAUUUUCUGAUAGCAGACAAUCCACUACUCUGCUCAGAUCCACUUAUUCCUGGUACUAGCUACCCUGUGCCGGAAAAUACUGCACAGCGGCAGCUGCCGCUGCCUCCCCUCGCCGAUGGACUUUCCCCGCCGGGUUUUCUUCCAACUCCGCGGUUCAACUCGACCCACCAUAACCGGUCAAGUAGUAAUACCUCCGAGAUUGCGGUGGAAGAGCAAUCUUCAUGCUUCUGCGUGAACUCUGCUGUCUUACUGCUAGAUGAACUGCAGGCGCCAUACUGUGACGGCGGCGGCUCUGGCGUGCAGAGUCUCGACUGCAUCCUCUUAACUUACCGGGAGGUGCUCAUUCUAAGUAAGCGCAUGAUCAACUGCGACACUUGCCGGGGAAAGUCGGAGAAUAUGAUGGUGCUCACUAUGGUGUUGGAAAGAUUAGUCAUUCUGUGUGGGGAAGUGAUUGAUGCUUUUAUUGCCCGACAAGAAGCUAAUGUUAAUCAGCCUCAGCGGUUGAUCUUGGGCGAGUACCAGAUCGAGGAGGGGGACUAUGAGGUCAUGAUGGGGAUGCUGGUGACCCGCCGGCUAUCGGUAUUGCAAUUCCUCCUCACUCGCAUGAAGACGAUCAGCGCGUCCACCAGCCGCCCUCACCAGCAGGCCAGAAUGGCGCGCGUCGAUCAGCAUCUCAAUUCCCUGUACCAGAAGCUCAGGUCCGUCUGCCCUCUGGUCACGAAAUGGAAACUCGAUGAAAGUCAGUCCCUACCAGAAGGGAUUGUGAAUUGAGUUCACCAGAGUAGUAUUGGUAGCAGGCGCCGCGACGACCCAUCAGGCAUCAACCGAUUAAUGCCCGAGGCAUCUAGGGACUAUGGAUGUACAAUAUGCCACCAUGACAUAGGUUGAUACUGCGUGGUCAUAAUAUAGUAAGGUAGCCUAUUUGUUACUCAGACAGCCCAGAACCAUUAAG